UUAAUCGAAGUAUUAAAGUUCGGUCUUUUAAGAAGCAAUAAUAUUUAAAAAGUGCCAACACUGCAACUGAUCAUUUAUAUUUAUCACACCCUAGGUGUUUGUACACACGAAAGACUUGUAAUAGGUCAGGAGUCGUUAUCGUAAGCCAGAUUAGUCAUUAGACAUUUAAUUCUGAAAGAAUGGAAAUUGAAAGCAAAACUACUAUUUUGGAUCUUAACAUGGACGUGUUGGACAUAAUAUUCAGCAACUUCUAUUGGGAGAAGGACAAGUUAAAUUUCGCUAAAGCUCAUAAACAUCUGAGUGCAGCAUUUGUACAUCACAGUCGAAAGCAGUAUAAAGAAAUCUGCACAUUGGACACAGACUGGCCAUUUAUCUUAGAGUGGUUUGGCACAAAGGUUUUAUCUCUGAAGGAUGAAAGUUACCAGUACGACAAUUUUAACCAAACAAAUCAAAUGCUGGAACUUGCUGCAAAGUACUGCCCAAAUGUGGAGGCUAUAGAAUUUCUAAUCUCCGAAGAAAAUAUGAUGAUCAUAGAAAAUAAUUUGGAGAAACUAAAGAAUCUUAAUUAUGUUAUAUUAAACGGAAAACCGCCUUCAAUAAAUAUUAAAAAUAUUUUUGAAAUCCUUAAACAGUUGCCGAAGUUAAGAAGAAUAGCAGUGUAUAAUUGGAGUAUCAGUUAUUUGGCACCAAUGAACAAUUUAGAGUACAUAGAGCAUUUAGAGUUCUCGGACCUGGACGAAGAUGACAUUAGCGUACUUUCCAAUCUUUGGAAAAAUCUAAAAUGCUUAAGAACACAUGCAUAUCCGAGUACACUUAACCUGUUGGCGAAACAUUGUACGCAACUGGAGUAUCUCAGAUUGUGGGCGUACAACGACUGCGAAAAAUCAAUGUUCCCAUAUUUUCCAAAAUUAAAGCGCCUAAAAAUAUUUUCAUGUGAUGAAUACAAUGAUAACGGUGCAUAUUUUCAAACUUUACACGGAAAAUACAAUAGUCAACUGGAGACACUUGAAUUUCCUAAAGGCUACAUUGAUACGGCAAAGACAGCUAAGCGCAUCGCUAAGCUAAAAGCUGUGAAGACACUAUGCUGUCAAUAUAUGGAGUCGAGAUGUAUAAGAUAUAUAGCUAGAAUGCCGUUAGAGAAAUUAAUAAUGCAUAAGCUUGAAGAAAAUGAUCUUUUAAUAUUACUACGCGAGUGCAAGACACUAAGAUUGCUUCAUCUUGAUCGUUUAAAAUUGGAAAAAGACAGUCUUUACACUUUAUUGGAUAUUUUAAAAUCGAAUGGGUUUCAACCGGAAAACCCAUUUGUACUUUGUUUAGAUUGUAAACAAUUACGUGCAAGCAUAAUACAAAAGUUGACAUUGUGUUCUAAUAGAACGUUAUUGGAUAUUCAAGAGGCAUCAUUUAAUCUCAGUUGUCGAUAUUAAACCUAUGGAUAUUAUUAUACAAUUAUUUUUAUUGGGGAAAACUCGAAUUUGAUUUAAAACAAACAAACAAACACUUGUUGCAUUUAGGGUGGCACCAAAUAAUUUCGUUAGAUGGCGCUAAAGUCUUGUCAGCUGUAAACUUUUUGAUUGCUAUCGACUAAUGUCAUCGACAGUGGCAUUUUAAAACAAUCUUUGUAUAAACUUUCGAUAGCUGAUUCAAGCAAAUGUAUCGACAAUCGGUAGUGCGAUAAAGAAAAAACCUUUGUUUAUACUUUUCGCUUUUUUAAUUUAAUACAAAACUGCAUUUUAUUAUUUAAGUUAUGUUCACUGCAAUAACUGUAAUCACAUGUGCCUUUCAAAUAUAAAGUCGUAUUUAUAAACGUGCCGAUUAAUUAAUUUACUGAUUUUGUAAACUUUUACAAGAGUCUCACACCCGACUGUCAGUAAGGAAUUAUAAACAUUUGGAUGACUUUUGCAAUAAAUUUGUAAUGAAAUAAUGAUGAGCAAAACAACUACCAUAUUAGAUCUGCAUACCGAAGUGUUGGACGUCGUCUUCGGAGAAUUGCGUCAGCUCAAAGAUAAAGUGAAUUUUGGUCGUGCUCAUCCGUUUCUCCGUGAAGUAUUUAUAUAUCACAGUCGGAAUCGGUUCAACAGAAUUUCACUUCAAGCUAUAGAAAAGAAUGAGUUGUCCUUUGUUUUGAAAGGGUGUGGUACAAAAGUGACUUCAAUCACUUGCGAGAACGGCAAUGGUGAACUGACCGGAGAGGCGGUCAAGCUUGCAGGAGAUUACUGUCCUAAUUUGAAGAGCUUGGAUAUUUUGAUAACAGCUGAGAAUGUUAAUAUUUUAGAAGAGAAUAUGAUAAAACUGCAAAAUCUUGAUGAAAUUGAAAUAUAUAGUCCAAAAUCAUGUUCUGAUGUUGAUGUUGAGAACUUAUUCAGAACUUUUCAGCAGUUGCCGAAGUUGCAAAGUUUGUUAUUGAAUAUAUACGAUUGGAAGAUAAGUAAUUUAACGCCACUAAACAACUUGACACAGUUGAAAUAUUUGGAUAUUUGCAUUCUUUGCGAACCGGAGGAUGUUGACAUCUUCAGCAAUUUAUGGGAAAAUCUAACGAGUUUACUAAUUAACACUGAUGCAGAGGUUUACAAUAUUCUAUCUGAACUUUGUGUAAACCUGCAGGUACUUGAUAUGCGGAACUUUUCCGAUCCUGAUAAGGAAGGUAUUGGAUAUUUUCCAAAACUAAAGCACCUGUAUUUCGAUUACUUGGCAGAAGAAGUGGAUGGGUUCGGUUUUUAUGCUUCAAUGUUAAGUGAUAAAUACAAUAACCAACUAGAAAGCCUUGUUUUUUACAAAGGCGAAAUAACCACUGUGGAACAAGCAAAGCGGCUUGCAGACCUAAGAGCGCUUAAAAAGAUGAAUUUCUAUACUAUUGCUUCGUGUUGUCUCAAGUAAAUAGCUAAUAUACCGCUGGAGGAAUUAGUAAUAGGGAAGAUUGAGAUGGAAGACCUGCUGAUAUUUCUGAGCGAGUGUAAGACCCUCAGAUGGUUACUAGUCGCUUGGAUUCUAAAACCAGAACAAGAUUUUAUUUAUAAGCUCUUGGAUAUUUUAGAAGCAAAUGGCGUUCAAUCUGAAAAGCCGUUCAUUUUGAAAGUUGACAGGUUUUAUUUUGACCGCGGUGAAAUUAUCAGGCCACUGGUGAGUAUAAACAACAUC